CAACGUCUUGCGUCCCAUACCCUUUCGCUUCCCUUCCCAUCCACCAUCAUGGUCAAAGAAACGAAAUUCUACGAUCUCUUGGACGUGUCGCCCGACGCGUCCGAAGCCGACUUGAAAAAGGCAUAUCGCAAAAAAGCGCUACGCCUUCAUCCGGACAAGGGUGGAGAUCCUGAUAUGUUCAAGGAAGUUACUCAUGCAUACGAGAUUCUGUCAGACUCACAGAAACGAAGCAUAUACGAUGCGCGAGGAGAGGCUGGUUUGUCAGAAUCAGGUGGCGCGGGCGGCAUGGAUCCGCAGGAUCUUUUCAGCCAGUUGUUCGGGGGUGGCGGGUUCUUCGGUGGCGGUGGCCCCUCCCGCAACUCAGGGCCUCGCCGGAGCAAGGACCUCAUUCACCGAGUGCACGUCUCACUCGAAGACCUUUACAAAGGCAAGACGACUAAGCUUGCGCUCACGCGCAAUAUCAUCUGUGCGAAGUGUGAUGGCAAGGGUGGAAAGGAGGGUGCCGUGCGGUCGUGCAAUACUUGCCAGGGUCGUGGUGUCAAAAUCACUCUGCGGCAGAUGGGCCCGAUGAUUCAACAGCUGCAGCAGCCGUGCGACGAAUGCUCAGGUACAGGCGAAAUCAUCAACCACAAGGACAAGUGCAAAACAUGCAAUGCACGCAAGGUUAUAUCGGAGAAGAAGAUGUUGGAGGUGCAUAUCGACAAGGGCAUGAAGGGUGGACAGACCAUCACGUUCCAUGGAGAGAGCGACCAGGCGCCAGGGGUUUCACCGGGGGAUGUCAUCAUUGUCAUCGAGGAGAAGCCGCAUGAUCGUUUCAAGCGCCAGGAUAACGAUCUUAUUUAUGAAACGGAGGUGGACCUCCUCACUGCACUCGGCGGCGGAAAGUUUGCUGUCAAGCAUUUGGAUGACCGCGCUUUGAUCGUCAAUAUCACGCCUGGAGAGGUCCUCAAACACGAUGCUCUCAAGGUCAUAUAUGGUCAUGGCAUGCCCUCCCAACGGCAUCAUGAACCCGGGGAUCUCUACAUCAAAGUCUCCGUUGCGUGGCCAGAGCACAUUGAUCCUGAGAAAAUAACUUUCCUCGAGCGUGCUCUCCCACCACGCAAGCCUGUCGAGAAGUUCCCCAAGAAUAUCCAUUUAGAAGAGGUUGAGCUGGUGGAAGUUGACCCGCGACAGCGGAGGGCGGUUGACGAGCCGAUGGAAGAGGAGGAUAGCGGAGAGCCGCGUGUGCAGUGCGCGAACCAGUGAUCGUGGAUUCUCGUGUACGUUUUUUUGGAUCGUGUGUUUCAUCAUCUGUAUUGUGUCAUUCACAUUCCUCAUUUUUGCUGCAUUCUGGCCCCGAUGCUUUCGAUCUCACUUCCAAUAGUAAUACAUCUCGUAUAGAGGACUCUUGCUUUGGACUGUAAUGCACCUUGAACGACGGUGUGUCCCAAGCGUCUGCGAAAUUGAUUCGCUCAGGUCAUGAAGUCCAC